UAAACACAGAAAUAUACUAGGGUUUAGCCGUGCUUGAGCAAACAAGUCUCUGAGUGUGUGUGUCUGCAAGUUCCUCCAAGAUGGGUAUUUCUAGGGAUUCUAUGCACAAGAGGCGUGAAACUGGUGGAAAGAAGAAAUCAUGGAGGAAGAAGCGAAAGUAUGAGCUCGGUCGCCAGCCAGCUAACACCAAGCUAUCAAGCAACAAAACUGUGAGGAGGAUCCGUGUUAGAGGAGGAAAUGUGAAGUGGAGAGCCUUGAGAUUGGAUACUGGAAACUUUUCUUGGGGAAGUGAAGCUGUCACCCGCAAAACCCGUUUGCUUGAUGUUGUGUACAAUGCUUCCAACAAUGAACUUGUCCGUACUCAGACCCUUGUGAAGAGUGCUAUUGUUCAGGUUGAUGCUGCUCCUUUCAAGCAGUGGUACCUUCAACAUUAUGGUGUUGAAAUUGGAAGGAAGAAGAAAAAUGCUGGCAAGAAAGAGUCAGAGGAGGCUGAAGUUGUUGCAGAAGAAGUCCACAAGAGUGCUCAUGUUCAGAGAAAAUUAGAGCAACGCCAGAAAGAUCGCCAGCUUGAUCCACACAUUGAAGAGCAGUUUGGUGGUGGAAGAUUGCUUGCUUGCAUUUCUUCUCGACCUGGUCAAUGCGGCAGGGCUGAUGGCUACAUUCUGGAAGGUAAGGAGCUUGAGUUCUACAUGAAGAAGCUCCAGAAGAAGAAGGGCAAGGGUGCAGCAUAAUUGUACCGUUUCUAAAUUUUUAUUUUGCAUUAGUUCUUUUAAAUGAGACUAGUACCCAACAAAAAGAUGUUUUGUGCUUCGGUUUAUGUUGUUGGUUAUACAUUUUAACAUCUUUUAUUGUUUUGACAUUAGUUUCUUGGUUUUGUAUUAAACUAUUUUGGUUAUGUAUGGUUUACAAUUUUGUCAA